CACUCCCCUCUAUCAUCACCUUUCUCUUCACAUCUCAUAAAACACGCACAGAUUACGCAAUUCUCUUCCAGUUUAGUUUGAAGCCGUGCUCGUCCAAGCUCAGUGAAAUGGCAAUGUCACCAGAGAAUGAACAUCCAGUGAAGGCUUUCGGAUGGGCAGCCACAGACUCUUCAGGACAUCUCUCUCCCUUCAAGUUCUCAAGAAGGGCCACCGGAGAAAAGGAUGUAACUUUUAAGGUAUUGUAUUGUGGUAUAUGUCAUUCUGAUUUCCAUAAUGUCAAGAACGAAUGGGGAAUAACUUCUUAUCCCGUUGUGCCCAGACAUGAGAUUGUAGGUGUGGUUACCGAAGUGGGCACCAAAGUGACAAAAUUCAAAGUCGGGGACAAAGUGGGUGUUGGAUGUAUGGUCGGAUCGUGUCACUCCUGUGCAAAUUGCAAAGAUGAUCUUGAGAAUUACUGUCCCAAAAUGAUCCUGUCCUAUGGUGCAAAGUACUAUGAUGGAACCAACACCUAUGGUGGCUAUUCGGACAUCAUGGUAUCAGAUGAGCACUUCGUGAUUAAAAUCCCCGACAACUUACCUCUUGAUGGUAGUGCUCCCCUCCUUUGUGCUGGGAUCACUGUCUAUAGUCCAUUGAAGUACUACGGGCUUGAUAAGGCCGGAAUGCAUAUAGGGGUGGUUGGGCUUGGUGGGCUUGGUCAUAUGGCUGUAAAGUUUGCUAAGGCCAUGGGCCUCAAAGUGACCGUCAUAAGUACCUCACCUAAUAAAAAGAAGGAAGCCGUGGACCAUUUGGGAGCCGAUGCAUUCUUGAUUAGCCGUAACACAGAAGAGAUGGAACUUGCGAUGGGUACGAUGGAUGGCAUCAUUGAUACAGUCUCGGCUAUGCAUGUUCUUUUGCCGUUGAUCGGACUCUUGAAAAAUAAUGGAAAGCUUGUCAUGGUUGGUGCACCAGCGAAGCCGCUUGAACUACUUGCAUUCCCACUCCUCAUGGGUAGAAAGAUGGUGGGAGGAAGCUGCAUCGGAGGGAUGAAGGAGACACAAGAUAUGAUUAAUUUUGCGGCAAAGCACAACAUAAUCGCGGAUAUUGAGCUCAUUCCUAUGGAUUAUGUGAACAAUGCCAUGGAGCGUAUAUUAAAAGCCGAUGUUAAGUAUCGAUUUGUCAUUGACAUUGCCAAUUCAUUGAAGCCUUUCUAAUGAUGAUUCUGGUGGAUUAC